CAAUCCCCUCCCGAGGCCUCCUGCGCCCCCGCCCCCGGCACCGCCUCCCGCCCGCGGCCCCGCCGAGCGCCCGGAGCCCCGGGAGGCGACCCUGGCCCGGCUCAGCCCCGUGACUCUCUCGCCCCCGCCUCGGCAUGGAGCUCGCCGGGCGCCUGCAGGCGGCGCGGGACCGCGUCCCCAGGGUCGAUCCGUACGGGUUCGAGCGGCCGGAGGACUUUGACUACGCGGCCUACGAGGAUUUCCUUUCCGGCCACCUGGUCGUGCUCGCCAGAAGGGCGGCCAAGUGGUCCGAGCUGCUCGGGGGACGCGGCCGCGUCCAGAAGAGCGCGACGCUGAAGCGCUAUGUCCGCAAGGGUGUCCCGCUGGAGCACCGGGCCCGCGUCUGGAUGGCAGUGAGCGGAGCCCAGGCCCGGAUGGACCGGAAUCCCGGCUACUACCACCAGCUGCUGCAGGCAGACAGGAGUCCCAGCCUGGAGGAUGCCAUCAGGACAGACCUGAACCGGACCUUCCCGGACAACGUGCGAUUCCGGACGUCGGCGCAGCCCUGCCUGCAGCAGCCGCUGUACAAUGUGCUGCUGGCCUUUGGCCGCCACAACCAAGCCGUGGGCUACUGCCAGGGAAUGAAUUUUAUAGCAGGAUAUCUGAUUCUUGUAACAAAGAAUGAAGAAGAAUCUUUUUGGCUAUUAGAUGCUCUUGUUGGAAGAAUACUACCUGAUUACUACGGCCCUGCGAUGCUGGGCCUGAAGACUGACCAGGAGGUCCUGGGGGAGCUGGUGAGGAGGAAGCUGCCUGCGGUGGCAGCCCUGAUGGACGGGCACGGCGUGCUGUGGACACUACUCGUGUCCCGCUGGUUCAUCUGCCUGUUCGUGGACAUCCUGCCUGUGGAGACUGUGCUUCGAAUCUGGGAUUGUUUGUUCAAUGAAGGCUCGAAGAUUAUCUUCCGGGUGGCCCUGACCCUAAUCAAGCAACAUCAGGCGCUUAUUUUGGAAGCCACCAGCAUUCCAGAAAUUUGUGAUAAGUUCAAGCAGCUCACCAGAGGGAGUUUUGUCACAGACUGCCACACAUUUAUGCAGAAAAUAUUUUCAGAACCCGGAAGCCUCCCCAUGAGGACCAUCAGCCAGCUCCGUGAGCGCUGCAGGGCCAGGCUGCUGGCGCAGGGCUGAGCCAGAGCUGCCACCCGCUGGCUUUUGCUGCGCUCCUGGGUGGUGGUGUCGGGACCUGACGUCACUACACUUCAGCUGUCAGGUUUUUUAAAGAGCAACUUAAAAUCGUGUUGUUCUACAUUUCAAUGAUUAGCUAUGAAGUCUAGAAUUUCUGAAGAAAAGUUAUUUUUACCUGAGACAUUAAUAAUACAUGAAAUGUGAGGGAUGCAUGUUUGUAUUUAAUGAAGUAUGUCAGCACCUGUGAAUUUAUCAGCUUGUCAGCCAACUGAAAAUUAAAAUCAAAAUAGUGACUGUCA